ACACGCCGCCGUCUUCCACCCUGUUCCAAAACGGGCGAGGAAAAUCCUCCAACUCGCGCGCUGCCAUGGACGCAGCUCAGCCCCAAGGGCAGGAACGGAAACUAGAUCCUGGUCCUGUUGAUAAAUCUGUCCUUGUGGAACAGGAGUUUCACAAAUCAGAAGCUAUAUUUGUUGGGAAGAUCUACAAACCUGUUAGAUUUAUUGAACAUGGCACCGGGCUUAACCAGUGGGAAGACAGACAUGAGGGAAUGCUUGUGUUAUUGAAGCGUUCUGGGUUUUACCACCUGUCUUUCUUGAAGAGGGUCCAGUUAGACCACGCUUUGUUAAAUGCACUGGUUGAAAGGUGGCGGCGUGAAACACAGACUUUUCACUUGAGGUUUGGAGAAAUUACAGUGCUCUUGAAGGAUGUGGCAAUUCUUACUGGACUUCGUGUACAUGGUGCUCCUGUCACUGGCCUCACAAACUGUAAUUGGGAGCAACUGUGCAGACAACUUCUGGGUCAAGAACCUCCACAGAUCAAAGGUGGUUCUAUCACUAUGGCAUGGCUGCAUGACACUUUCAAAACAUUACCAGAAAGAGCUAAUCAGGCAGAUGUAGAGUAUGCUGCAAGAGCCUAUAUACUGUACCAAAUCGGAUGCAGUUUAUUUCCUGAUCCAAGUGGAACUAGAGUGCACUUACGAUAUUUGGCCCUACUCCUUGAUUUUGAUGCCUCAGGAGAGAUGGCCCGGGGGGCUGCUGUUCUUGCCCACCUCUACAGAGAGCUUGGAAAAGCCAGCACGAAAGGCAAAGCGAAUUGCUAUAUGGGCGUGGGAGCAUAUCCAGAUAGGCUGUACUGAACGACUAGAGAAUAAGUCUCUACCCGAUGACCGACCCCUUGGAUGCAGGUGGAAUGUUGCCUUCAAGAACCGUGAAAAUGUCUGAUCCAUGGACCAUGAGUUUUAUAGGCAUGGGCUAGAUACUAUAUCAGAUUGCCAGAUCACAUGGGACCAAUACACACCAGACCUGGUAGCUGGGCUUCCUGCAAUAUGCACAUUUGGAUCUGCAGUGUGGCUAUCAAGGACUCCAUUAAUAUGCUUCCAGAUAGUGGAGAUGCAUGUGCCUGAUCGCGUCUUGCUACAAUUUGGGAUGUUGCAGCACCUACCAGACCCAGUUGAGGUUGUUGAACGUGUUACAAUGCAGGGUAAAGCUGAUCAACAUUGGCCUACUUACCAUGAUAAGGCUUUGUUUAGUUCCUCACCCAAAAAGUGUUCACCCAUCCCAUUGAAAGUUUGGACACAUGCAUGGAGUAUUAAAUAUAGAUAUAAAAAUAAACUAAUUACACAGUUUGGUUGAAAAUCACAAGACGAAUCUUUUAAACCUAGUUAUUCCA